CGAGGGUGUGGAAGCCGUUUCAUAUCCGCCGCUCUAGCUUCCCGCCCCGAAAAAAACAAAACAAAUAAGUCGAGGGGCUUUUGUCGUCUUGGUUGGUCAUCACGGUGAUUUGACUGGUGCUGGUUAACCACCCGGCUUCUUCAGGAAUCAGCCCUGUUUGUGGCCCCCUCCACGAUUUCUUUGUCACGCUUCCACAGUCCAGUCAUCCCCUGCCGUUGGUUUCUUAGCAACGUCGAUCGCGGGCUUCUCCCGCAGCCAGUCAGGUCUGAUCGCGCGCUCAAGCUCCAAGCCCAUUCUUGUGAAGUUUGCCAAUGGCGGGGCGAGAACUCCAGCAAAUGAGUGGCGAGAAGAGAUCCUCAGCCAACUUCUCAAGCCAAAUUCACUGGCUACUCAAAUAAGGCAUCGCGUGCUCCACGCUGUGACAGGGAAGGAAGCUCAUUUUUGUUUUCUCGCUCGGUCCGUCAACCUUUGAAAUUGUCAGCUUCUUUUCACACAGGCGCCACCGCAUUCCUUCUUAUUGAGAUAUGAUUUCACCUAUUUAUUUAUCCCUUUAUCCAUCUAUUUGCUACCGCUGAGCUGAUACGUAUGUAUCGCUCCGUAUGCUGACAAUGGCGGGGUUCGAAAUAGUGAACAAUCCCAGACUCCAACCACCGCGGGCACUCGAGGUAUCCAACGAGACAUUCUGACGGGACAAACACACAGCACGAAAUUCAUUUCACUCUCCUGGAGAUGUUUUAUAUAGGUCAACAGAUACUGACUACUUGGGCGGGAGCCAUUGCAUAAUAUUUAUUUAUUUCUAACUGACACUGCAGUGACACCUCGCGAGGAUCUCAUCUUAGCUGAUGGUGGGACGCACGGCCACGUUGACUCUGGUGAUUUACUCAAAUAUCCUGUUGUCAACUCCACGCACCCCCAUUUUGAUGCACGAGGAUACCUGGCUCUGGACGCAGCAACCUUCAUUUUCUUGACAGGAUUUUUCAGGCUCGCAAAUCAAACUAUGCGGCGAGAGACAUGUCACCUUUUCAAGUCGGGAUGAGUUAAUGCCAGUGUGUAGCUAACCACUCUACGGUAAUCACCUCCCGCCAAAUCGCCGUCUUUCUAUGUAUGGCGUUUUGUACCCUAGGCUUUCAACCGCUCAUACUAUAGGGUCACCACAAUUUUCUCGCACUGGUUACUUCGUCGGUUAACACCGCGGGAAACGGUCGACUUGCGUAUCCUUGUCGAUCGGGAUAUUGGGCCUAUGAAGAUUCUUUUAUCUCCGUCUGUCUGUCUGUAGACAUUUAUGUCUUGGCUUGUUCCUCUUGGACCAUUAUUAAUGGCUGCUACUAGUCAAUGACUCUUAUUCCUAGCACACACAUUGGAAUGAAAAUCCCACAUCGUUGAUAUUAUUCCAGCCGCGGGAGUACCCCACACCGUCUUGCGGAAGUGGUGGCCGGUGAUGAAAAUGAUGGAUCAGGCCCCGUGGCGGACUUAGCUAGGUUUCUCUGAUUCUGAGCAGUACCAGAACAUCAAUUUAUAUAUUUUGACUUCUACAGCCUGUUAUUGUGUUCUGAAUGAUGGUGAUGGAUGUGAGACGAUAUCCUUCAGACUGGAGUGAAAACCACAAUUUCCGGCGAUGUGUUAUUGACCCGUUUGAAAAUGACAGCAUUGCGUGUGGUGACAGCGAUGGACAAUUCUUGAUGUUUUUUAUGCCACGAUAGACUUAUCUGUGUAGCGCGAUAAACGAGGCAAACCGGCCACUUUUUCGGUGGGAAGAAGCGUUGUUGAGAUUUUUUUUUUUUCAUUGGGGGGGGGGCCUAUUGUUAAUUCCACGCACUGCCCGAAUUUACCCACGCCGCGGACCUCAUGAGAAUCUGGUUCCUAUAAUUUCAUCCUCCGCAUUGGUUAACUGGCCACCACCAUCAUCACCUUUUGCUUUGCAUUUCCUGUCUUUUCUCUUUUCUCCCAUCACUGCUGAUAUCUCGUGGGGAGCCCAAGCCAGGUAGAACACGAUAGAAUUAAUAAUGGCAUUCGCGGGUUUUUCUUAACCGCCACCAGCUUGCGUUUAUUCCAUGCCGCGAUCAACCAAUAUCUUGAGGCUCACAGGCUCAAUGGGAAGCGACUCUUGUCCUCUGCUUGGGGUUGAUUAUUCCUCCUUGCCACCGUGAAACAAAGUUAUAGGCGAUUUUGACACAAAAAAAAACAAAAAGAGGACCCAAAACAUUCACAUUUUCACCAGAGGCCCAUUCAGUCAGUUCACUGGGGUGACCAUCCGGAGACAGUUCGCUGUGCGAGUAUCUCUGCUGCUCCUCCCGUCCACAUUUUAUUUCAAGCAAGAGCCGGAAUUAUAUAGUCUAAGCAAUUCUUACUGGACUUCAACGCUUGCUGAGCUGUACGCUACUUGGUGCUUGGGGGAGGAUUUGCUGCGGUCGUCCGCCAGCUUUUUAUGAAUUUUUCCCACCCGGAUCCCGCCAUCGCACUAAGAUUACGGGCCAUCGUCGUGAUCGCUUCCAUCCACGCACCUCCCCCGAUUUCCACCACACCACGCUCUCUCCACUUGCACCUCGCCUUCCUCGUCCUUCUCGCAUCGACUGGGGAGCGCUACACAGCACCACGCCUUGCCAUCAACUAAACAGCGCAGACGGUGCAGCGGUUGGAUCUGUUCUAUGUCUGUAGCCCAGUAUCCCUUCACCUUACCAGGCUGGUCAGACACGGGGUGUUAAUCUAUCAACCCACCAUUCGUCGAAACUCCUUGGCCGCCAAAGCAACCAAAUUCACCUCUUCACCAUCCCCAACUUUAACAGCCACUUCAACAUCUAGGGAGCAAGCGAUCGCCGUUUCUCUCUGAUAUUCAUUAAUUUUCACAUCCUCGCUACUAACGCAAUUUCGGCACUUAAAUACUGUAAAACUAAGUCAUAUCCACCCCUUUGUCGUUCACUUUUCGAUCAUGGCUCCCCAUGACGAUGAGGACAUCAAGGCGGAAGCAGUAGCCGAAGCUGUGACUGCCAUGCAAAUCAAGCACGAUAAUUCAACAGACAGCUCCUCAGCCGAUAAUAUCCUAACACCAGAUGCUACAAACGGCCUUGCAAAUGGUUUGGCGUCUCUCUCGAAACCUAGCCCCACUAAAAGUCUUUCCAAGUCAAAAUCUCAAAGCGAGGCCAGCUCUCCCAGCGAGAAAGAUGAAGACGAGGAACCAAAGGAGAAAGUUCCUGGUUCCAUAACCGUCAAACUAGAACCGGGUCAGCCACCAAAGCUGUCUCGUACUGCUUCGCAGAAAGUAGUUUCUCGACCAGCACAACUCUUCAACCAUCUAGCAGACUGUACUGCCGAAGCUACGUCCACAUUUCAACUCAUAGAUGACUGCACGUAUGCCAGUAAAUAUAUGGGUUAUACGGAGCAUGCUAUGGAAUGCGACUGUACAGAAGAGUGGGAUCCGGUGGCUGCCAAAAAUGGAGCCUGCGGAGAAGACUCAGAUUGCAUCAAUCGAGCUACGAAAAUGGAAUGUGUCGGAGAUUGUGGAUGCGGCGAUGAAUGCGAAAAUCAACGGUUUCAACGACGACAAUACGCCAACGUGACCGUCAUCAAGACUGAGAAAAAAGGCUAUGGCCUGCGUGCCGACUCCGAUUUACGACCCAACCAGUUCAUUUUCGAGUAUAUCGGCGAAGUCAUUAACGAAGGAAACUUUCGGAAACGUAUGAGAAGCUAUGACGAAGAAGGGAUCAAACAUUUCUAUUUCAUGUCCCUCAGCAAGGGAGAGUUCGUCGACGCCACGAAGAAAGGCAACCUCGGGCGUUUCUGUAACCAUUCAUGUAAUCCUAAUUGUUAUGUUGACAAAUGGGUUGUAGGCGAGAAGCUUCGAAUGGGCAUUUUUGCCGAGCGGCACAUCAAGGCUGGCGAGGAACUAGUUUUCAAUUACAACGUCGAUCGUUAUGGAGCUGAUCCGCAGCCCUGCUACUGCGGAGAGCCCAACUGCACAGGUUUCAUCGGUGGCAAAACACAGACUGAGCGUGCAACGAAGCUCUCCAAUGCCACCAUUGAAGCACUCGGUAUCGACGACCCGGAUGGCUGGGAUACUGCUAUCGCAAGACGGCCGCGCAAGAAGAAGACUGGCGAAGACGAUGAAGAGUAUGUUGACAGUGUGCAGCCUAGGUCGUUGAGCGAAGAUGGUGUCACCAAGGUCAUGGCCGCUCUUAUGCAGUGCAAAGAGAAAUGGAUCGCCGUCAAACUACUUGGCCGUAUUCAACGCUGCGACGAUGAGCGCGUGCGAAACCGUGUCGUGAAAAUGCAUGGAUACAAGAUUCUCAAUUCCCAGCUAACUGCCUGGAAGGACGAUUUCAAUGUUGUACUGCAGAUUCUUGAUAUCCUGGAUAAGUUCCCGAGACUUACCAGAAACAAGAUUAUCGAUUCGAAGAUUGAGUCAACUAUCCAGCCACUUACUGAGUGUGGCGAUGAGCGUGUGGAAAAGAAGGCAGCGGCUCUCUUAGAGGUCUGGUCCACACUGGAAAUUGGCUAUCGGAUUCCUCGAAUGAAAAGGGACCCAGCUGCUACAAAUAACACCCCAACAGUCAACCGCUUCGAACGACGAGAGUCAUCUAGAAAUGAUACACAACCCACGACAAAAUCGAGAUCUCGCUCACGGUCACGAUCACGUUCCAUCGAAGCCCCACGUGCUCCUGCUGCCCUUCGAAACGGCAUGGGUCCUCGCAAUUCUUACCACCAUGGUCCUCCGAGACCGUUUCGCCGGCCGCCGUUUGCCAACCCGUUACCCCAAGGCUGGUUCGCCGCGGAAUCGAAUGGGAAGACUUACUAUUAUUCUGCAUCGGGUGCCACGACGUGGAAAAGGCCGACAACUCCCGCUCCACAACCCCCUCCUCCACCGAAAUCCGAAUCGAAGGAUAAGGCAUUGCAGGAUAUCAUCGAUGGUAUCAUGAAUGCCAAAGAGAAUACCCCGAAAACGCAAGAUAGAUCCGAGACCCCUACUACACCUACGCCUAGAGAUGCGAAACCUCUCGGGAAAAAGGAACAUAAGGAAAAGUGGCGAUCAUACAGUGAAGAAAAACAAAAGAAACUUUAUGAGAAUACAAUCUUCCCCCACGUCAAAUACGUUGUGGAUAAGUUUAAACACAAACUACCAAAGGAGGACUUGAAGCGCUAUGCGAAAGAGGUCGGAAAAAAACUUGUGAACUCGGAUUUCAAAAACAACCGUGUGAGCGAUCCAACAAAGGUCAGCGACAAACAAGUAAGACAAAUCAAGAAGUACUGUAAAGAAUAUUUCGACAAAGCAGUUGUGAAACAGCGAGCCUACGAAAAGAAAAAGGCUGAGAGGAAGGCAAUGGAAGCCGCUAAGACGUCAGGCGAUGGCUCAAAGGAUGAAGCUGAGAAGCCUGGGUUGUCACAACCACAGGAGUCACAAAAUAUUAAGAAAGAGGAUGAAAGCGAGGUCGAAGACGAUAUAAAUAUGUCAGAUGAUGAUAUAGACAGAGUGGAAGAUAAGAAAUCAUCGCCAAUGAGCGUCGACGGAAAUAGCCUCAAACGGAAGAGAGAUCUUGAUGGAAACCUUGAUGUGGAUGCCGAUACUAGGGGGCCUUCACCUUGCAAAAGGACGAAAUCGGCCACUCCGCCUCCGCCACCUCCGCCACCUGGAGAUGCAGGAAUGACUCCUGGCGAUGAUGGUGAUGUGGAAAAACAUAAAUGCAAGCGGGAUGAGUUCGAAGAUGGCGAUGGAUGUAAUAGUGGCGCUUCCUCUCCAGGCAAGCAACAACAUUCUGGAUCGCCUCCGCCUCCGCCACCACCUCCACCACCUGCGGAUGCAGACGAUACGUAUGGCGCUGGCGAUGGGAAUUCCACAGAGGAUAUAGAAAACGGCUUGGAUGAGGAUGCGAAGAUGGACAUAAACAAGGUGUCUAGCGUCGCGAUGCCGGAUCGAAGUAGUGGGAAUGAAGAAGUGGAUAAGAAGGGCGUGAAUGGUGUUUCUGAAUACAAACCGUUUGGUGCCGGUUCGGUGUCUGACGAUAGGAACCUCAAACCCGUUCUUGAUGUUGACAUAAGGCCUGGUUCUUCUUGACGUGUAUAAGGCCUGUGGUUGUUAUAUCUGUUUCUGUCCACCUUGCCGUGGUCUGUUUGAACCAGGGGUGCAUGAUCAACCUCAGUGGUCAUACUCCUAUCACAGGUUUCCAACUCCGUGAGUCACGGCGUACAUCAGACAUCUUGGCUCAGCAGCGCUGGAAUCUGGACACGGGGUCUCGCCUCGCAUCUCCCCUGUCUUUUUUUCCUCUUCAACCGGCCGAGGAAAUCCAUCCUGCAUCUCCCAUCAAAUACCAUAUCACUCUUGGCGUUCGUUCAGCCGGACAUUCUCAUGCAGCUGAACAAUUAAGAAGGGCCAAAAUUCGAACGGGGACUGCCCCUAUUGACAAGGACUUGACAACAAACAUAUUAGAGAAAACGGAUAUGGCUACGAUGAAUGGAGAGCCAGCGAGCUACCUAGCGUUUGAUCCAAGCAUGCCAGAAUGUACCUACUGACUAGGUCCCAAAACACCUUUCUUGUCCCCAUCAUCCAAUUCAUCCAGUCCCGCAUGUAGAUACGCACACACAAUCAUAGCUAUUCAAGUACCUACAUCCUCAACCCACGCUCAUAGAACACCCAAUCCGCAACAACCAAUAUCACAUCACCUUCUACUGUCCUUCAGCCCGCAUAACUUCCCAUCCACUUACAUGUGUACAUACAUACACCCUUCGUUACCUGAAAAUACCAUCCCCCUUUCUUACUUCCUUCCUCCCCCUCUCUCUUCCGCUUUCCUGCUGUACCAAUAUCGCAUGCACACAGAUGCACACAGGCACACACCACCGUCCUAAUCCAAAAGAAAAGAAAAGAAAAGAAAAGGAAAAACAUGCCCGCCUUCACAAGUAUGUGAAUGCAAACCAAUAAUACAGAGCAAUUCAAUUCAAGAUCUAAUCCAAAUCCACAAGCCAUUGAUAACAGCAAAGUAGAACCCCUAUCUCACCUUCCGUCCAAACCGUAAAUUUCAGAGAAUCAAAUGCACACGUUGUGUUUCUUAGUCCUUCCUUCUACUUUUAGUAUAGUUAUGUAACUUAUUGUGUAUCUUUGAACCAGCGCUCCGCGAAGGAAAUAAUACCAAGAAACAAUCACACUGUAAAUUUUCCCACGCUGAUAUUACAAAUCAAUAAAAAUAUGUUUCCAAAAAUCAAGAUGUGUAUAUAUAUCGCUCGCCAUGCGGAAUGUAUAUGUCGCACAUGCAUUCCUUGCCGCAGAGAGGAAGCGGAAGCGGAAGAAGUGACAGCAACAGCAAGCAGCCUCAGAGCCGGUUGGUUGCUACGGACGACAGGAAGAAGGGAAAUGAAAUAGAAAUAAAUUCCUUUCCUUUCCUUUCCUUUCCUUUACAACUUUACAAGAACCCGCCUCCAGCCUGAAGCAGGCCAUGCCUAUGAAUGUAUACAUUGCACACGAGACACAUGAAAAGCGGAACCAUAAUAGAAAGAAAAAAGUUACAGGGGGAAAAAACAAUGCGUGCGUGGACAUAAAAACGGGGCGAAACCGCCACAAGCCUCCCUCCCUCCAGAAAAACGAAACAAAACUCAAUAAAAACUCUCCACCAAACUCUCUUUAUGCGUAUUCCCAAACGCCCCCAGUGAACUCUUCCCGCCACCCCCGGGCGCCGCCCCUUCGCCCAACUUAAACACACUCUCCACAACGCUCAGCUCCGUCGCCGUCGUAUCCAGGCCCAUCACGGCCAGCCAGUCGUUGACGACCAUCCCGGCACCAACGACGGGGGAGCCGCGGUUCACGCUGCCCGCAACGAGUGGCACUUGCAGCAGCGAAGAGAGCUCGUCUUGGUCUUGGAUGGAGGUUUUUGGGUGGACGAGGCCGCCUUGGUUGGAGAGGGACAUGUAGGAGCCUGUGAGGACGUUGUCGGCGAUGGUUUGGCGGAAGACUUCGACGCCGAGGACGUCGGCGAUGCUGCGGGGGUUUUAGUUUUUGGGUAUGGAAAUGAAA